AUGGGACAUGCUUUAGGAACCAUCUUACUUUUAAUUCUAGCUUUCAUUUUCUCUCCUCUUUCCGUUUUUUUUGUUAGGGGCUGUGGAAAGUCAUUAGUAAUAAACUGUUUAUUGUUUAUAAUCGGAGUGAUCCCAGGCAUAAUUCACGCAAUAUGGUUCGUUUCUUUUCUUUUCCCUACUCUUAUUACUCUUUCUUUUCUUUUCUUUUCUUUUCUUUUCUUUUCUUUUCUUUUCUUUUCUUUUUCUUUUAUCGAAAAUGGUCAACAACCAAUUAUAUUUAAUUUUUUUUUUUAA